AUGGGGGUGUCCCCUGGCCCGCUCUGCCUGGGGGCUGCCCUCAGCGGGCUCUGCAGCUUCGUCCUCCUGGCCGCCGCCGUGGCCACCGACUACUGGUACUUGCUCCGCGUGGACCUGGCACCCGGCAACCGCAGCAGCAGCAGCAGCAGCAGCAGCAGCGCCUGGGACGCCCAGCAGCAGCAGCUGGACUCGCACUCCGGACUCUGGCGCCUCUGCGAAGGGCAGAAUGCCUGCAUACCUUUGAUUGACCCAUUUGGUGCAGAGAGCUGGCAGGUUCCAGCAUCACUCCAACAUCUUAUCUGCAUGCACCGAGCCUUUGUGGUCCUCCUACCGCUCAGUCUCAUCUUGAUUGUUUUUGGCUGGAUCUGUGGGAUCAUCGGAUCCUUAGUUAGGAGCACCUGCCUUCUUCAGUUCACAGGCUGCUAUUUUCUGAUGGGUGCACUGCUGACACUGUCAGGAAUUAGCAUCUACAUCUGCUACUCUGGAGCAGCAUUCACAGAGACAGUGCGUAUGUUUGACCAAGAGCGCUUCGAGCAUGUCCACAUUACCUUUGGCUGGUCGCUGGCUCUUGCCUGGCUCUCCUUUGGCACCGAGGGACUGGCUGGUUUUCUUCUUCUCCUGGCUGCUCGGCAGCUCCACCUGAAGCUGGAUGCACAUUCAGUGGCCAUUUGAUCACCCUGGAAAGGGUAGGAGGAUGGCCAGGGGUUGGGGGAGAGUUGUUAACAGUGCUACCAGGCUUGCAGUGGAAUCUCUCGCUCUCACAGUGGCACCUUCCGUGUCCCUUAUGAGAAAUCCUGACACUGCUCCCUCUUCUUCCACAAAAAUAACACACACACCAUGAUCAUAUGGAGUUACAGGGCCAGGGUUGUGACUAGCAGAUAGAGGUGUGAUGUCAGGGGGAAGCUCUUACUCAUAAGGCCUAACAGUCACCCUCUAUGCUUUUUGGUUUCACAGAGUGCUGGGAAGGGCCAAGCUUAAAACUCCAUUCCUCAGCACAAAGAUAAGCAAGUGACACCCUGUCCCUUUCCCAAGAACUGUGGUGGCCAGAGCCCAUCAUCCUAUCUCUCACUAUGCAUAGAUAGUACCGCUCAAAGCAUGGCCUACUGUCUGUCCUCCUUUGGCACACCUGGAACAUCUUGAAAUAAAUUGCUCCAGUAAGUAGAUGUAGCAUUACUUUCUGAAAUAAUGAUUCCCUUCAGACAGAGACAGUCAGCAAUAUGUGCAAUGC